AAAAUUGAAGUUGGUAGUUGAUUACGAAUGAACACAUGCUUUGCUUAUCGACUGAGUAUCGGUUGGUGAACCUGGACCGGACGUCAGGCAGAAGCAGUUAUACCGACUCUGUAUAAAGCUCUUCCGUUUUGUAAUUCUUUCCAGGUGAACGUCCAGAAAUAUGGCGGAUCCCAAAACCAAGAAGGCUCCAGCCGCUAAGGGCGCUGCGAAGGGUGCCGUCACCAAGAGGAAUGGUCUCAACGCCAACCUAAGCAAUGGUGUCUACCGCUUCAGCCGGUCUCGCCAGUACCACAAGAAGGCCCUGUGGAAAUUCAUGGGCAAGAAAACUGCCAAGACAGUGAAGCCCCAGAAGCCUCGCACUGUUGAGAAGCCCAUUGGUGGAGACAAGAACGGUGGCAAGCGUGUUGUCUUGAUCAAGAAGAGGACCUCCGCCUACCCUACAGCCAAUAGGAUCCGCAAGCACCCCACCAAGAAACUCUUCUCAGAACACAGGCGCUACACCAGGCCAACCCUUACACCCGGCACUGUGUGCAUUCUUCUCGCUGGUGUUCACAAGGGCAAGCGAGUUGUCCUUAUGAAGGUGUUGAAGAGUGGUCUGCUCCUUGUUAAUGGACCCUUCAAAGUAAAUGCAUGCCCACUGAGACGUGUGCACCAGAACUUUGUGAUUGCCACUAGCACCACCAUCGACAUCUCUGGUGUGAAAUUGCCAGAGAAAAUUAACGAUGACUACUUCCGCCGCCAGCGUGUCAAGAGAGCCAAGAAGGAAGAGGGUGAAAUUUUUGCCAAGAAAGAGGAGAAAUAUGCUCCCUCUGAAGAAAGGAAGAAGGAUCAGGCUGAGGUAGACAAACAGCUUAUUGAAGCCAUCAGGAAGAACCCUGAGAAGAAGACCAUGUUUGCCUACCUUAAAUCCAUGUUUGGAUUGAGGUCAUCUCAGUAUCCUCACAGGAUUAAAUUCUAGAAUCCUUUUAAGAAAUUAAAUAAACAAAAAAAAAAUCAAA